UAACAAUCCGGCUUAUAGGUUUAAUAAAGUGACGAUCGGUAGUUUAUACGGGUAUUAAUUAAGCUUUGUUUUGUUGCUAUUUAGAAAUAUUAUUUCGAUUAUCCAGAUGUAUCGUAAAACUCAAUGUGCAAUUUUUAACAGUAUUAAAAAAACAAGUAAACAACAGUUUUUACGAAAUUAUUCCAAUUAUUCCGGUGAAAUUAAUGUUGGAGAAGAGGUUAUGCUUGCUAUAAACAGUAGAAAACCUGUUGUAGCUCUCGAAUCUACCAUAAUAACCCAUGGAAUGCCAUUUCCUGAUAAUGCAAAAUGUGCAUUAGAAGUAGAAAGAAUUGUUAGAGCUCAGGGCGCCGUACCAGCGACGAUAGGUAUUCUUGGCGGUAAAGUAAAAGUUGGUUUAAGUGAAAAGGAAAUUGAACGAUUAGCUGAAUCAAAAAAUGCCGUUAAAGUGUCGAGGAGGGACUUUGGACAUGCAAUUAGUAAUAAAAAAGAUGGCGGCACAACUGUCGCGGGAACAUUAAUUGUCGCAGAAAAGGUCAACAUUCCCAUAUUUGCAACUGGAGGUAUUGGUGGCGUUCAUAGGGAAGCUGAAGCAACUUUUGAUAUUUCGGCUGAUUUAGUAGAACUUGGACGUAAUCCUACAGCAGUUAUCUCCAGUGGCGUUAAAUCGAUUCUAGAUAUCCCUAAAACCCUGGAAUACUUGGAAACGCAAGGUGUCCUAGUUACUUCCUUCGGUAAUUCAACACAGUUUCCCGCUUUUUAUAGUAGACUUAGCGGGUGCAGUUCGCCCUACAGUGUUAAGGACGCAGUGGAAGCUGCAAAUUUACUUAAAUCUCAUCUGGACAUGAACCUGGGAUCAGGCUUGUUAAUAGCAGUCCCUAUUCCUGAGGAGUAUGCUAUAAACGAGGAGGAAAUUGAAACUGCUAUAAAAGCUGCUUUAAAUGAUGCCUCUGAAAAAGGUAUAAAAGGCAAAUUGAUCACACCGUUCCUCUUGGAACGAAUUGCAGUUAUAACGAGGGGACGAUCGUUAAUUGCGAAUGUUGCUUUAAUAAAAAACAAUGCGCGUGUGGCCGCGGAUAUUGCAGUGCAGUAUAACAAACUUAUUUAUGACAGUAAAAGUGAAAGUGAUGGCUUUGCUGAUAAUGGACGUCAAGUAAACGAUUCAAAGGGACCGGUGAUUGUGGGUGGUUCCGUUGUGGAUUGCUGUGCAACGCUGAAGAGUUCGGAGUUAGUGGUAGAUGGAAGAACACAGGAAGCAAAAUUUCGUAUAAGUGCGGGGGGUGUUGGUAGAAAUAUAUGCGAAGCUCUUGAGAAACUAGGAACAAUUCCCACAUUCAUAUCUGCUGUUGGCGAUGAUGAUCGCGGAGACUUCCUUCUUUCUUCCAUUGGCAAAAAGUCACGGUUGUAUGUGCCUAAAUUGAAAAACCAAAGGACCUCGCAGUUUAUUGUAGUUCUAGACAAUAAUGGAGAAUGUAAACUUCUUCUCGGAGAUGGGGACAUACAUAAAUUAAUAACUCCAAAAAUGGUACUGGACGCUGAAAAAAUAAUAAAGGAAUCUCCAUUGAUCGUUUUUGAUGGAAAUUUAUCAAGAGAAACAGUUUCCACCCUCUUACAUUUAGCUGAGAAGCACAAUAUCCCUGGUGAGUAAUAUUUAUGCACUAUAUUAUUUUUCUAAGACAACUAAAGCAUAAACAACAUGAUUUGCUUUAUGAGCACUUGUAACGCCCACAGCAAGUAUUUAAUUAAAUUACAUAAUUUUUAGUAAGUUAGAAUUAA